AUGCAGGUGGAUAAAGCUUUUCAAUACUUGGAUCAUAUAUUAAACACAUUAUAUGAAGGUAAUACAAGUAAUAUGUUGGAAAAUAAAAUUGAUAUUGCUUAUGGCGGUAGUGUUGUCACCGUCAGUGAUAACAGGAAUGUUGAUGACAAUAUUAAGGAGAAAAGUUCAACCUGUCAAUUGCUAAGUAUACCAGAUCCGUGUAUAACACAUGGUUGGCAUAUAAGAAUAACUGUUUCUGGACCUGGUUGUUCACCAAACAGCCGUGGUAUUUGGUUAAGACGUGGUUGGUUAUUAAGUCCAAGAACAUUUAAUAACAUAGCAUCAUCAUCAUCAUCAUCAUCAUCAUCAUCAUCAAAAUUGCCUUUAUUACGUUUCACAUUACACAUGAACAUUGAAUUCGAUGAGUAUGUUCCAUUGAGUGUUCGACGGAGUACUGAAUUCCACUUAACUACUGAAUUAAUCUCGGAAUUGAAAGGAUUAACCAAUUCUAAUGGUUGGUUACAAAUAGCAUCAAUUAUUACUGUGACAAGCAUAUCAAGAGAUAUCAAUUGUGUUAUUGAUCCAGUUCGAUUCUCAAAACUCUUAAUGAAUAGUAAUAGUACUGGAUCAAAAGAUGAAACUCACUCUGAUAUAGAUCAUUUACUACUACACAACAUGAUGACUGCAGUGCCGGCGAAUUCAUCUGAUGAAAAUCUACCAACCAAUCAGAGAUCAAUGAAGGCAAAAGGAAAUCAAACUGAAGAAUCACAAUCACAACCAUCUAUGUCAUUUCUGCAACAAAGUCAAUAUCGUCAAAGUCAGCUGUCUGGUUUCUCUUGGCCAUCGAAUUUACCCACUGCAGUGAAUUGCUCUGUGAAUAAUAUCCCAGUGAAAUCACAGAAACCUUAUGUUAUGCUGAUUGGUUUUAAAGCUACUGAUCGUCCUGAAAUGGGUAUUUUAGCCAGUCUACCAAUUAUUGUACAGAUUCCGCAUAGGUUGAAUAGAUAUUGUGAUACUAUGGAUCAACCGCAUUUCUUAUUUUCAGAUAAAUUUGAUGCUAAAAAUAAAGUUAGACGAUGGUUUGUUGAAGUACCGUAUGGAGCAACAGCUGGAAUAUUACGCCUAGCACGUUUAGACAAUGAUGGGGAUAAGUCGUGCGAAUUUACUAUAACAAUCAAUUCACCUUGUAUUGGUAUGAAUUCAGAUAAACAAGAAGUUAAAUGGUCAUUUGUUGAAUUAAAUAAAUGUGGUCAGUCGAAAUCAGGUUUAAAACGUAAUGAUAAAAGUUCACCAGUUUUAAGCGCAGAUGACUUCGACUGUGCAUCUCAGUUUGCCUUUCCAAUUAACUGGGAAACAGAUUGUCUAGAAUUGACUAUAGCACAACAUUGGGGAUUAGAAAUGCCAGCUAUUGUUGUCGGUGAAUUAUACUUUCGUGGUUUGGAACCAAGUUUAAGAAAUAUUGUUUUAAAUACAAGUGAUCGUUACUGUCGUAUCGGUUUACAUUCAAAUUUCGCUAGUGAAUCAAUACAACCGGAUAUCUGGUUAACUCAUUGGUGUUUAUCUGUCAAGCCAUAUGAUUCAAAAAUUUUCUAUCUAGGUCAUGGAAAAAAUGAACUUCUUGUUAAUGGUCAUAGUUCAUAUGCUCUGCGUUUAAUGUAUCGAUUUAGUUGUCCGUUUAAAACAGCUACAACAGUCAUCUGUUUACCAUGGUUACAAGAUAUGCUAUAUAGUAGUGAUUAUUUAAUCCAUAUAUUUCAUAUCUAUGAUUCACGUGGACGAUUUAUGGGUGCUGGUGAAUACGACGGACAUCGUGAACAACGUCCAAAAUUCACAUUUAAUUUAUCUAAAGGAGAUUUUAAGGUUAUAGCACAGAUUUGUCAUGAAAGUGGUCCCUUACUGAAACGUGGUUCACCGACAAAAUUGCCCACUGUUUCUUCUACAACAAGUAAUGAAUUAUGCGAUACACUGGAGGAAUCUGAAACUGGUGAUUCAAAUUCAGUCAACUCUUCUUGGUCACCUUUACAAGCAUUGCAGAAUACACCGCUGUUAGUACGUUUCCGAUUAACUACUAGUGGAAUGGAGACGACAACAACAACACCAACUGGUGGUACUACCGGUGCUGGUCGUAAACUUGGUAGUUCUUCUUCUUCAACUGGACAAAGUAUUGUACGAUUUGAAUUUAGUGCAUUGCCAUCAUCGCUUAAUUUGAAUGGAAUAAAAGCUUGCUCAGCUAUGGAUCCAUUGAUGUAUGAUGCUAAGCAAACGUUGAUGGUUGGUACUGGUGAUGAUGAUGAUAAUAGUGAUAAUAACAGUAAUAAUAAUAGUAAUAAUGCCGAUGGUGAUAGGCGGAGGAGCAGUAGUGUUGGUGGUGAUGGUGUUUCAGGUGAAUCAUUUUCAAAUGAAAAUGCAACUGAUGAAGAAAGCAAAUCAAGUCGUUUCGAACUUAUCCGACGGUUACCAUGCCUUCCGAGUCGUGUAAAUGCAUGUGAAACAAUCAGUAUCUUCUUAGGUCUUACAGAUGAACGAUAUCCAUCUUAUGCAGUACCAGGUUCAUAUUUCUCUGGAACAAUUGGAUUUUAUAAAUCUAACCUAUUGCAUAAUAAGGUGACGUAUCCAUUCCGUCUUAUUUUGGAUAACUCAAAUCUCUUGACUACAACAACAACAGCAGCUGCUACGACGACGACCACGUCUCUUGCAUCGUCUUCUAUAGUUACACCCAGUAGCCCACUGACGACAACACUUGCUCCAACAUCAUCGGAACAACCUAAAAAGUUGCCUAUAAGUUAUAUGGGUAUUGGUGUUGAAGAUAUAGAAUGGAUUCAGUGUAUAGGCGAUUUAUUCCUGUUUAGGAAUAAAAGUAAAAAAUUAAUUGAAAAUAACGAAUUAGCCAAUUCUAUCCGUAAGACAUUCAACAAUCAUGACGAUCUUCAAGUACAAAGACAACAAGAAAAGCAAGCGAAAGAAAAAGAAGAAGAGAAAUUUCAGCAUAAAUAUCAUCAUCAGCAGCAGCAGAAUCAUAAAGACGACAAUGGGGAUCAUCAACCUGUAACAAAAUGUUUACUAAAUUUAUGUGAACAAGCCAUGAUAAUGGAGACAGUGCAAACAAUUCCAAAUAAUCAAUAUCCUGAUGAUAUGUUAUCAUCCAAUUGGAGUGUUCAUUCUGUAUCGUUUGAUGAUACAAAAUGUGAAGAAGUGAGUGAUUUCAAUGAAUCAGCGUCUACUAUGACGGAUGUACAGAAGGAUAAGAAAAUACCAUCAUCACCUGUUAACAAAUGGAGUGAAUCAAUUGCACCAGCUAAAAAUGAUGUGGACGAUGCACCGAUCUCAACACCGACACCACCACCACGGCCAACAACUACUUCUACUAAUAACUGUUCUAAUCCCUAUAUCCUAAAUGGUGUUGAUCUUUCCACACAACCAGAGACGACAACCUAUGCUGUAACAACAACCACUGCCUUAACGUCAACACUUACCACAACAACAAUAAUAAAACAUCCUCCAACCGUGAAUGAUAAUCAAAACAAGGCGAUGAAUAAUACUCCAGAUGACUUUUAUACAAUUCUGUGUAAACUUCACGCAGAUUUGUCUACAAUGGAUAAACCUAUGACGACUUAUACUACUAAUAUUAACGAUAUUAGUAGUAUUGGUCGUAGUUGCAGUAGUGGUAGUGGUGUAGGAAGAAUUGGUGAUAUCAGUAAUUCAUCUGAAAUCAGUCAAUCUAUCAAUCAUUUGUAUAUGAUUGUAAAAGAACGUCAUCACUUAUGGUGUAGUGCUGAUCACCUAAUCAAUGGACGAUUAUUGGAUGAAAAGAUCUCCUUGAAAGUGUUGAAGACAUUCUGUUGUGAUGAUGAUGUUGAUACUUUUAAACACAAGUCAGAGUCAUUGUCUUCUAUGACAACACAUCAGAAUAUAUUUCAGUAUUUAAUAAAUAUCCCCAUCCCAUCGACCUCUGUUGUCAAUCUCACUUCUACUACUGCUGCUGUGAAUAGUAACACAAAGUCAUCUGUUCCUAGUGAUACGCCGAAUAAACUGUCACCGGCGAAUUCAGACCUCCUUAUGCCUAUUUCUCCGACAGCACAAUCAUCCAAAGGAAAGAUAUCAUCAGUAGAUUGUUCACCGACAAAUACCAACAGAACUAAAUCGGUUGAGUGUAUAAUCACUGGAAAACUUGAUAAUACACCAGUGGAUUCUGUAAGUACCAAGACACAAAGUCAAAAACCGAUAACAUUCUCACAGCAUGAAUUCAAAUUACGCCUAAUCGAUAUUCUUUCACGUUAUGGUCGAUUAAUUGCCGAACGUUUAAUUUGUUUCAAUUUCCUAUAUAAUAAUGUUAUUGAUUUUAAACAAAAACCUUCCAACUGGUCAUUAUGUCAUUCACUGCAGUCACAAAUGAAAAUUACUCAUCAGUUAAUGAAUAAUUAUGAUGCUGAUUCUACAAUGGAUUACAUAUCUAUUCAGACGCCGACAUCAAAUGAUACAAUUGGUGUCAAUGUGAAGUUAGGCAAUCAAGCACUACCUAGCUGGCUUUUAUUAUCUAUUGAUGGAAAGCUGAGUAAAAAUACAAAUACAAAAUUAGGCAAUAUGCAUUAUGGUUCUGUUGGUGGACGUUUAAUUGCCUUCUUUAUCCUUUAUAUGAUUGUGAAAAAACAAUAUCCUGAAGCUGUGGGCUAUUUUACUCGUCUUCUCUAUCAGAUUGAUGAACCACCUAUUGGAGCAUUAAGAGGUGUUAUAAACUGUGGAAUUCCAGUGACGCCUACAUCUUCAUUUGGUAUUCGACGUCCAUGUCAUGCCACCUUGGAGAAUUCUAUGAAAACCGCAAAAUCAGCUCAUCCAUGGUUACUUUGGCUCUUAAGACAAAUUGGUUGGAAUGAUAUAGCUGCCUAUUUGGAACAACAAAAGCCAAUAUUAUUCCCAGGAGGAGAUUACACACUGUUAGGAGGAGAUCAUGUCUAA